ACUGCUGCCUCAUAAUAAGAUUAAUAAUAAAAGUUUUGUGGUUGCGGUAUUUCCAUGUAGCGCAUAUCAAAAGGCGGCAUUAAAAUAACUGUUUAAAAUGUCUGUAGCUUCUGUGUCUGUUGUGCAGUAUGGCCGGAGAAAAGGGUCAAGUAAAGUUAACUCAGCAGAGGUGAGUGAUAAACCGAGUCCACCUGUAGACCUGCGUGAAGUGAUCGUGUUGCCCACAGGGGAAUGGAGGCGAAUCCAGGAUAGCGUGCAGCGUGUGAACAGAGAGCAAGAACGUCUCAUUGCGGCUGCGAGACAGCGCGAGGCAUUGCACCUGCACUCCCAAGAAGUUGUCAAAAACUGGCCUAACACCAUUGCAGGACAACGGCAAAGGAAGUUGGAAGAAAAGAAAAUCAGAGAGGAAAUUGAAGAAGAGGAAAGGAAGCAGAUUGAUCUUGAGGAGGCCAAGUUUCAAGAGCAGAAAAGGAAGGAAGCAAUAGAAAAAGCAAAAACCUUGCAGUACUACCAGAUUGCCAGAGUGAAAAGAUUUCAUAGUGCCUUGCUGAUGACUGAGGUCCUAAAGGAGAGGGAGGCCCAGAUUAAGCUGAAGAAAAUAAAAGAGAAUUUCUCUAAACAUGUUGAUAAAGAGAUCAUGGCCAUGAUCAAACAAAAAGAGGGGCAGGCUUUACAGCAAGAGUGGCUGAAAGCCUUGGAGAAGAAGAAAAAGUGUCUGGACGUUGCUGAGAGUUUGAAACAGCAGAUUAAAGAGCAUGAGCAUAAAAAAGAAGAGGAGAUAAUGGAACAGAAAAAAGAGGCAGAGGAACUUAAACAAUUCCAAGAGCUCUAUAUUGAGGAACAAACCACACGUGAGCAGAAGAAGCAAGAGGAGAAGAGAAACACCAUGAAGGCUUAUCAAGAACACCUUGCCACCAAGAAACUCAUCCAAGCAGCUGAGGAUGAGAAACAGGAGCUGGAAGAAGAGAAACAAAAGCUGUUUGUAAAGGCUAAAAGCAAAAUGAUGAAACUCAGAAAAGAAAAAGAAGCAGAGAUGUUAAGAGAGGUUCAGAAACACAGGGAGGCCUUUGUCGAGAAACUGGCAGCUUAUCACCAAGAGCAAGCCACAAACAAAGAGGAGCUGAUCUCCAAGGCAGCUGCAGAAUCUGAAGCCAAGCAGGAUAAACAACAGCGUGAGAUGGAUAAGAAGAAGGCAGCCAUGUUAAAGAAAAUUGCUGAACAUAGGGAAGCAGUGCAGAAAGAGCUGGAUUACAAAAAGCAAGAGGAGAAACAGAAAGCUAUUGAGAUGCUUAAUGCAAAGAAAGCGUCAGAUACCAUAUUCCUGCAAAAUCAGCUAAUCAAGGCCCAGAAAAUGAAACAAGCAGCCAAAAUGCUACAAGACACUCAUGUGCAUCAGAUGGCUGAGAAACAUGCACAAGUGCAGCAUAUUAAAAAACAGGAGCAGGAAUUUGAAACAAGGAAUGCAGAGCUCAUUGCAGAGGAUGAGAAAGAGUUUCAGAAUUAUGCCAAGCAAGUAAUUCAGAAAGCCAGCGAGGCUCAAAGAAACACCUCCCUUCUGCGAAAGGCAACAAAGGAGGGCAUUGGUGGAGGACUUGGACCCGUGUUUAAAGGCGUUAGGCCAAGUUAUCUAGUUCAGGAUCAAUCGGGGGUUCAGCUGCCCAGUUAUGCAUGCCGUAGUACUCAGGGCAUUAAGGACCUGCAUGAAACUUCUGACAUUCAGGAGUCUAAAAAAAGACUGGGAUUUACUUGGUAAUUAUUGUUGCUAAUGACACUAAAAUAUAUAAUGUAGAUGUACAUUUCAUGAAUUUAUUAAAAAUAUGUCCCUUUUAGGACAUUGUAUUUAAAGCAGUGUUAAAAUUAUCUGUCCUGUUUCCUGUAAGGUGUAUCUCAGUUAUAAUAAAAACAUUCCCAAGCCUUUGUCUACUAAAUCUUUAUUAUGAAAAAGGAGCAGGGAUGAAGUGCUCAGUUGCAGCUGGGGAACCAAUAUAAAAUGAGUGGCAUUCAAGUCCA